ACGAUCAACAAACGUGUCGUGUCGACAGUGGUCUGCCCCGCGAUUCCGUCUGUUAAAAUUGUGCUGGGGGACGAGGUGAGCUCUCCCGUGGAAAUGGAGACGGCGGCGGCGGCGGCGGCGGCGGCGGCGGCGGGGUUGAGGAACAGGUACUGGGUCUUGCGGCACGGCAAGAGCAUCCCCAACGAGAGGGGCCUCAUCGUUUCCUCGCUGGAAAAUGGCACGCUUCCGGAGUAUGCAUUGGCCUCAGAUGGUGUCGAUCAGGCGCGAAUGGCCGGCGAGCUCUUUCUCCAGGCACUGAAAGAAAAUGAUAUUCCGCUAGAGAAUGUCCGUAUUUGUUACUCACCAUUUGCGAGAACCAGCCACACUGCGAGAGUUGUUGCGUCGGUUCUGAAUAUUCCAUUCGAGGGUCCACAAUGCAAGGCGAUAGUGGAUCUUCGGGAACGUUAUUUCGGUCCUUCAUUUGAGCUCAAGUCACAUGAUAAAUACACUGAAAUAUGGGCACUUGAUGAGAAAGAUCCAUUCCAGAAGCCAGAAGGCGGAGAAUGUGUCGAUGAUGUUGCUUCCAGACUUGCAAAAGCUAUGGUGGACAUUGAGACAGACUUUCAAGGAUGUGCUGUAUUGAUCGUUAGCCAUGGUGAUCCACUGCAGAUUUUGCAGACUAUAGUUUCUGCAGCUAAAAUAGGAAAUUCAAACAUUAACGAGUUUUCAUCAAGCAUACAAGCAACCAGAACCUUUGCAGUCUUGUCACAACACCGGAAGUUCGCCUUGCUUACCGGAGAACUCAGGGCACUCGCAUAGUUCUUGGCCUUUUGCUUUGGUUUAUCGGCCUUUUGAAUUUGGCGGACUUACAUGGCUGGACCAGAUUCUGAUAAAUUCAUUGACAGUGUUAAGAAUAAUUAUGAAUACAUUUUUUGCAAUAUUAGUAGCUGCGUACUAUAGAACUUGUUUCUCAUCCACGAAGAGGUUAAUAGAGCCUAGAGGUUUUGACGUAAAAGCAUGGUUGAGAAUAGACAUAGCCAUUUUAC